AUGGCAACGGAAUUUCCAUUCUUAUUGGACACCAUCCUCGCUUUGUCUGCGUUGCACUUGGCCUCGCUGGAAGCCGAUAAUCGUCUCAAAUGGUUAGACGCCGCCGUGCGUUAUCAGAGCCAAGCUUGUGCUGGCCUCGGCAAGAUUCUACCGGAGAUCACUUUGCAACAAUAUGAGCCUGCCUUUGUAUCCUCCGUCUUUAUUAUAAUUUUUGCGACCGGUUUCCAUUCAAUAUCUGCUGAAAACACACCCGCGGAUCCAUUCUCGCCAGUCAUCGAAGUUCGCACGUUGCUCAAUGGCGCCUCCAUGCUUUUUAACCGGUUCAACGAAGUUGGAGCAGAUGGAUCACUCGAUGGCUGGCUUUGCAUCCCGGACGCUGUAGAGGCUCUAUGGCAGCCAAAUAAUAAUAAUUCGACGCCUGAGAUCGGUGAAAAACUGUUCAAUUUACACAAGGAUUUGAUGGCGUCCAUAGAGCGGUUGAAAGUCAAAAUAGAUUCGGAGCAAAGACCACAUCAAGCAGUCUACAAGGCCACAUGGGAACUAUUACAUUAUGCGAUCGGGCCUUGGCCAAAGAUCGGUGCGCAAGGUGGACCUAUCGCGUGGCCUCUUUUCAUCACCGACCAGUUUCUUUCAUUGCUACAAGAAGGCAACUGGUUGGCAAAGAUUCUUUUUCUGCACUGGAGUUUGGCUAUGCGCUUACUGUGUAAUCGCUGGUAUGUCCGUGAUUGGGGUCGGCAAUUAGUCCUAGCCACAUUGGACCCGUUGGAGGAGAUACCGGCUAUCUGGGCGGAUGACAUAGCUUGGAUAAAAAAGGCGGCGGAGAUCGAUGAAUAG